AUGACGAACUCAGACGAGCUUGAUCCCAGCUUCCCUCCAGGCCUUCACUUGGUCUCCGCCUUCCUAGCCAUGGAGCCUUCCGACUCGUUAAUCUCCAUUGCAAGGGCGUGCGGCGGAGGGAUAGUUUCAGAGAAUGUCCAGAAGUUUAUAUGGGAUCACUGCAUAAACCAAGCAGCUGCCAUAGGUUAUGCCCCUUACUUGAAGAAUUUUGUGAAGAAGCUUAUUUUUGAAGUAGAGUCAACUCAUGGGUGUGUGUUGGAUGAAUUAUACGAACAUUAUGGUUAUUACAUGACCUCAUUGAAGGAAGACAGUUUCGGCAGAGGAAAAGCCUGCAAACACAUUUCCUUCCUUUUCACAGAUGGUUCUUUUGAACUUUCAAGUUGUCCCAAAUCGAGAAAGUUGGUGGUUCCUCUCAAUUGCUCACUUAACAUGCUUGAAGGAGACACAGGAUGUUCGGUUUGGCCUUCCAGUCUGUAUUUGUCUGAGUUUAUACUUUCUUUCCCAGAUAGAUUCACCAAUAAAACUUGCUUUGAGGUAAUGAACAUGUUGGUUCUGGCGUUGGCUUGGUUGGAGUUAGUCUUUCUCAUGUCAAAGCUUCGAAGUUUCCACCUGCUGCAGGUUGUAUUAUCUGAUGGCGAUCUGUCAACUUUGGCUAAUAUGAAGCUUAAUUUGGGGUUAAACAAUAUAAGCACCAGAAUGGAUGCGCUAGAGAAAUGUGACAAGGAGCUAAACUUGCAGGUGAAAUCUGACACCGGGAGUAAUUCUGAGGUGCAAUGCAUUCACCUGUCAUGGGAAUCUGCUGCUGAAGCCGAAAUUCAGGAGUUCACUCCUGAGAUAGUUUUAGGCGCUGAUAUAAUCUACGACCCAGCAUGCCUCCCUCAUCUUGUUAGAGUACUUGCAACCCUAUUGAAGCAAAGGCAAGUAACUUCUCAGACAAGGAACAGCAACUGCCAGGAGGACAUUCUCAAUGAAGGCAGAGCUGAAGAAGCUGAGAAUGAUGAACAAGCUGAGUCAAUGAAAACCCCUGUGGGUUACAUUGCUUGUGUGAUACGGAACAUUGAUACCUUCAAUUGUUUCCUUGACCUAGCAGAGCAGGGUGAUCUUACAAUCACCGACAUAACCGAUACAGCGAGGCCAUUGAAGUUGCUUCCUUAUAUGAGCUCUUACGAUCCUUCUAGUAUCCGUUUAUUUACUGUCACUUCCAAAUGCUGAAAAGAUCCAAACGUUUAGUUACUUUCCACCCUAAAAAGAUUCCUGCUUUCUCCAAAUAGCAGUCGGUCUGCAUGUUCAUGUGAAAGUUCUUAGGUGAUUUUGUGUUGUUACCUCCUUUUCCCGUGAAUCGAAAGCCUUUCUUUCCAUGUGGGCCUAGAUAUUCACUUUCACUACCCACACAAUCAAGCGAACAAAGUCGCCGUUCUUUCCCCCCUACAACAAAUACAUUACUAGAAAAGAGAUUCACGGGUGUCAAUGAGAUUCUGGCAGAUUCCCGGACGUUUUGUUUUUUAGCAAAAUAUUUCUGAAAAGAUUCCGUCCCAUCCCUCUCCCCUGCCUCUCUGCAAACCAAAAAGAUUAAAAGACCAUGCAAGGUUUUGAUGUUUAGUCGAUCGAAGUUUUAUUUGACUCCGUUUACCAAAGCUCCGUUCUCACCUUCGCCACCUUACUGUUAGCUAGUGACUGUGUUCAUCAAGACCGGUCGUCGACGAAAUGGGUAGUGGAGAAGAGGCGGUGGAGGUGAUCCAUGCAUGGUCAGCUCCGAGGUCUCUCAGCACCAGCCUCAUGUACUCUUUUGCUCAGAGAGAUGACACUGAAGUUCUUGACGAACCUCUGUAUGCAACUUUCCUAAAAUCGACUGGUGCGGCAAGACCAUGCAGAGAGCAGGUUCUAAGCUCCAUGGAAGCCGAUGAAGAAAAGGUUGUAAAAGAUGUAAUAUUCGGUCCAGGAAGAAAGAAGUACAGAUUCUGCAAGCAUAUCUCGAAACAAAGGUUGCCUGGUUUGCCCAGUAAUUUGAUGAAGAAAGGGAAGCACUUUAUAUUGAUACGCAACCCCCUUGAUAUCCUGCCCUCUUUUGAUAAAGUUGUGCUCCCAUCGUUUUUCGAGUUGGGUCUAGCAGAACUAGUCUCGGUAUACAGUGAUCUCUGCAAAUUGGGAAGCCCUCCACCAGUUAUUGAUGCAGCAGACCUUGAGCAAGACCCUGAGGCUACACUGCGUGGUCUUUGUGAAGACUUGGAUAUACCUUUCCAGAGCUCAAUGCUCAGCUGGGAAGCUGGUCCUAAAGCGUACGAUGGAGUUUGGGCUCCAUGGUGGUAUAAGAGUGUGCAUGAAUCAACAUGUUUUGCCAAAGUGAGAAAGUAUCCCAUGCCAUUUCCAUUUGGCCUUUAUGACUUGUUGGAAGAAGUCUUGCCUUUGUACAAUGUGCUUAAACAUCGCGUAAAGCGUUCAUCAAACCUUCUGAAGAGCCCGUUACCUCCCCCUGAUCUUCCAGUGCCUGAAAAUGAGAAGCUUCUAGCAUGGGUUGGAGAUGAGAUCCUUCCCCGAGAUAGUGCCAAGGUAUCUGUGUUCGACUCGGUUGUCCAAGGAGGCGAUUCAGUGUGGGAGGGUCUACGCGUUUACGAUGGAAAGGUAUUUAAGCUCGAGGAGCAUUUAGACAGGAUGUUUGACUCAGCAAAGGCUUUAGCUUUCAGUAAUGUUCCAACUCGGGAUGAGAUCAAGGAAGCCAUCUUCAGAACUCUUAUUAUGAAUGGAAUGUUCAAUAAUGCACACAUACGAUUGUCUCUUACACGUGGAAAAAAGAUCAUUUCAAAUACUGAAAAGAAUUCUAGUUAAGAUUGAAUGUACUUGCUUGAUUUAGGUAGAAGGGAAUAAUGCAUCAGCUGAUGAUGCCAUCAUGCUUGACAAGGAUGGUUACGUUUCCGAAACAAAUGCUACGAAUAUCGUGAGUCUAUGUCCCCCACCCCCCCUCCAGUCUUGGGAUUACUACUGUGAUACCAAGCAAGCAGUUUCUAAUUUAUUGGGAAACCAUAUUGACAAGGUGGUGACUGUUAUGUUUGUGUACUCCUUUCCAGUUCUUAGUGAAGAAAGGUCGUGUUUUGACACCACAUGCUGAUUAUUGUCUCCCUGGCAUCACUCGUGCUACUGUUAUGGAUGUUGUGGUCGAGGAGAAAUUCGUGUUAGAGGAGCGAAGGAUCAGCCUUUCAGAGUUUCACACAGCAGACGAGGUAUGGACCACUGGAACAAUGGGGGAGAUUACCCCGGUGGUGAAGAUCGAUGGACGCCAAAUUGGUGAUGGCCAAGUGGGGAGCGUCACGAAGAGGAUUCAACGAGUUUACAAGAAUCUCACGCACGACUUUGGGGUGCCUAUCCCUACCUACGAGAGAAGCUGAAUGAAACAUAGCUUCUUGAAGUUAAGUGUACUAUUACUCUGAUGCAAAAUCUGCAGAGGGGAGAGAGUGAGGUAACAACGAGUCAUGUAAACAAAGUUCAAACUAUUUCCAACAUUGAUCUCUUAAGAGCCUUGGACUGAAGCUGGCAUGAUUGUAAGGGGUCGUUUGCUUCAAGGAUUUGGACGUGGGAAUUGGUUCUCAAAUCCAACACAUGAAGGAUUUGUCUAAAAGUCAAUUGUUUGUUGAGCCAAAAUGGAGGGCACCAAAUCCGUG